AGAGAGUAGAAGAACAGAGGUGGAUUGCUCUAGACAGUAAGAGAUAGCAGCAGUACUAUCAAUAACUACAACAGCUACAGAACAGCUUGACAAUAAACAACAACAACAACAACAACUAGUUAUAACAACUACAACUACAGCAACUAUAAGAAUCACAACAACAACAUCAACACAAAAGGAAAGUUGAUCCCGAGCACGGAUCAGAUAACAGGAAUUGAGCCCAAACCCAUAUCAGUCAAAUUGGCUCUGGCCAGUCCUCCCACCACAACAGACGCACGUGCAACGGGCUGCGCACGACUUCUUCUUCUUUCUGGCUUAAAUAUCGCCAGUGUCAAGCAGCUGCUGUGAAGACCUGUUGAGUAGACGCACUGAGCUCAUCCGAAGAAGAAUACAGGACCAUGGCGGACACGACGAAGCUCAAAAACUACGGCAACCCGUCGACCACAACAUCCUCGAGUCCUGCGUCGCGAGUCCGCUCAGGCGAGCGGUCGCGGUCGACCUCGCCGUUCGCGCGGAUGGCAGACGCUCCCGGACGAAGCAGACAGGGCGCGGCAAACAUAUACUCUGACAAUCCGCGGCGGGUGCACACCGCGCUGUCCGGGUUCGCGGGCAUCGACAACUCUCUGCGCGAGUCGGCGGAUGACGAGGACGAUGUUUUGGUGCGGCCGCGCGUGCAGCGCCGGUUUAAUCGCAGACUGUGUUUUUAUGCGCUUGGAAUAGCUGCGCUUGUGCCGAUGCUGUACUUCUUUUUGGUGUACGCGCCCACGCGACACUCGACGGCGUACGUCAUCACACCGACGGUGAAGGUGGCCGACUACCCAGCCGAGCUGGUGCCGCAGUCUGCGGACGACGGCAGGCUGGUGUUUGUGGGGGAUAUCCACGGAUGCAAUGUUGAGUUUGCAGAGCUGAUGAAGGAGGUUGGGUUUGACAAGAAGAAGGACAAGCUCGUGCUGCUGGGAGAUUUCAUUUCAAAGGGUCCAGACUCGAUCGCUGUGAUGGAGCUUGCGAUGGAGCUCGGGGCGAAAUGUGUGAGGGGAAACCAUGAGAAUACGCUGCUGAGACGGUAUGCGAAGAAGCAUAAUCAGAGAUUCGACAAUGAUGUGCGCGAUCGGCUGGCGGAUGGCAGCAAGAGUGGCGGGCUCGAGCAUUUCGACGACGACGACGACGAUGAUGAUGAGGAGGUUAGCAUUGACAGUGAGGUUAAGAUGAUGGAGAAGAGAGGAGGGAUAAGGAGGGAGGUGAAGUCUGGAAGGCUUGCGAUGCAGCACCAGAUUAUAAUGUCACAGCAGCAGGAUGCAGAGGAUGACGAGGUGGAGGCUGGGGAUUACGAUGGAGAGGAGGAAGGGUUUGUGCAUGUGUUUGCGGACGAGAAGAAGAUUAUUCGAAAGGCCACGGAUGCGCAGGUCGAGUUCAUUGACUCGUGUCCGCUGAUUCUACGAUUUCCAGAGAAGAUCUUUGGCGAGGAUCACGGCGAGGUUUCGGCUACGCAUGCAGGGCUGAUGUGGAACGAGCCUACGCUGGAGGGCCAGGACCCCGCGGUGCUGCUAUACAUCCGCACGAUUCUUCCCCCAGACAACUCAACGGCGUCGCCUACGCGGGAUGGCAUUCUGUGGAAGGAGGUGUGGAAUGACUACCAAGAGACGCUGCCGGCAUCGCAGCGACGGACGGUGCUGUACGGGCAUGACGCGAAGACGGGGUUGGCGAUCAAGGAGUACUCGAAGGGGCUGGAUAGUCGAUGCUACAAGGGAGAUUUCCUGACGGCGCUGGUUGCGCGCGUGGGGUCGGACGGCGAGUGGACGCAUGAUAUUGUGAGCGUGAAGUGCCAGGUGCAUGACCCGAAGCUGCCGGGGUAUGUUGAUGGGAGGUGGUAGAGAGUAGUAGUAAUACGAUUGAGAGUGAUUACA